GCUACCAGCGAGGUCAGUCAUCAUUUUUCUGAAUUCUACGGUUAGGGUUUCUCUGAUUUGAGGAUUUAGGAAUUGGGGAUAUAUGAUUCGAGCUAGAUCUUCUCUCAGCCGCAAUGUACAUUCUAUUUCUUAGGGCUUAAAGACCCUUUACGACUCGGAUUGGGAAGGGUUAGCUGAUGGAGCAGCACCUCCACGUUGUAAAUGUGGAGCCAUUGCCGCAAAGUUUGUAGGUUGGGAAGGAUAUGAGACAGGAAGGAUAUUUUUGGGAUGUGCAGGGCAGUUUGGGGAAAGAUGUGAUUAUGUUAAAUGGGUAGAUGGAGAUUGGCCAUCAUCACUGCAGAAAGCUAUUGGAAAAUUAUGGGAGAUGUAUGGAGAAGCCAAACAAGGAAGAGUUAGUGAUGCUCUGUACUGUAUGGAGGAAAAGUUCAAGUUUAGGGAUGAAAUAACCAAGCUCCACCGUGAUCUGAAGAUUGUCCAAGAAGAAGUGAACAAGACUGUGAAUGAGAAGCAGAUCACACUUGCUCUGAAGGCAAAGGCUGAACAAGCACUCAUUGAUGCAAGGGCAGAACUGGAGGAGAAGAAAAAGCUGGAUGCUGCAGCUAGUAACAUGCAUAAGGUGUUGAGGAUCAAGGCAGAGAAGGACAGGGAUAAAAUCAAGGAAGAGAAGAGAAAAUUGGAGUUAAUGAUUGCAGAUUUGGUCAAGCAGAAAGAAGGUACCAGGGCAAAGCUGAGGAAGAUUAAAGAAUUAUGUGAUGAGUAGUAUUUCCAUUAUAAGAGAAGUAGUUGUAUUAUUUGUUUCAAACUAUUGUUCAAUUAUGAGUGUUUCAAAUUAUGAGGUGUAAUGAAUUAUUAGUGAUCUGUUAAGUGAAUUGUUGGCUAUUUCAAUGAAGUGAAGUGAUUUGCUGAGUUUAUAUUUGUUUGUAAAGGUGUCGACUUGAUGUCGAGACCCUUUUUGUUUAAAAGGAAAUUUGAACAACAUCUCCCUUGUUUUUACUCCCUCCGUUCCAAAUUAGUUGACUUGAAUUUCACAAUAAUUGAACACCACAGUACUGCAAGUAAUAUAUAACUGUCACAAGUCUUUCACAAAAUAACAGGCAUAAC